GUGACAAUACGAAUAAUAAGCUUUAGAAUCAACUUGAUAGUUUGUCUUAAAAAUCUUAGGCUUCGAAGACAGUAUGUACUUCACUGCUUAUGGCUAAAUAAUAUAUACCAUAGGUUUAAAAAAGAAGUCGAAAAUUGUCUGGAGCCCAAAUUAAGUUGAAAUAAUCCGCUACUGUAUUUCCUCAAAUUGAAUUUUAGCCAUACGUUCACAUAUUGGCACACGGGCAUGCUACUGUACUUCUGACUAUAUUAGUAUGUGUUCUCUUAUAUACUUUAUUCCGGGAGGGAUUUAUUGAAUUAAAAAAAGUGAUAGUGAGUUGUACACUAUGAGACAAUCUCGCAUCAACACAUCGUUAAUAAUUCUUAGAGUUUUUAUAUUAAUAAUGAGAUUUAAAAGAUGAGACCCUAUUAAAUUGGUACUUAGUAGCUUAUUGAGUUUUGGCAUUAUUGCAAAUGCUUCGGGAAUAAAUUUCUUAAAAUUAGUCUUACGGUUGCAGCUCAAUUCGCUAGUACCUCGGAUAAACAUUCAAUUUAUUGUCGGAUGUCAACUUGGUUCAACUAUUUUGAAAUAAUUGCAGCUGUGGAAAAUUCCACCAAACACGAUUGGUUAAACGUAAACGAUUAAAGGAAAUAAAUAUGGCGACAGAUAUUUUAAAGAAACAGGAACAAGCACGUCAAAUUCGUUACUCACGAUCGAAAUUUCGCCGCAUCAACUCUUUGGAUCAAAUACCCGAAGAUCCUGGGCAGGAACAGUUCACAAACACAACGAAUUCUAACAGGAAUCCAGCUUUGGGUUACCACACAGAACUGGUGCGCCGAUCACCGCGUACGAUUUCUGCUUCUAUGCGACAAGUUUUACUCUUUUGGCCGCAAUUGCUGAUCAAUUUAACAUUUACGCUCAUACGGUUCAUCCUUUAUAUACCGCUAUCGAUAGCUGCACCUAGUUUUUGGUUAUCAGCCUUAUUGUGGAUCUUUUGGAAGUUCGUUCGUAUACCUGUAGCUCUCACUAAGUGGAUGUUAAAUGUCGACUCAUUGAUGGAUGUAUCAGCGGAUGGCCCGCAACGUCACAGGCGCACCGUUCUAAUUGGUUGUGGAAGUACAAUUCAAACUUUGCAUCUGGCACGUAAUUUUUAUUCCUCCGGUUCUCGUGUGGUGGUGUUUGAAUUCGAAGGCCUGUUUGGACUGGCACGUUUCUCUACCGCCGUCGACAAAUUCUACAUUGUCCCCAGACCUAGCCCAAAUAAUAUAGAUAGCUACAUAACUGCUUUGUGUCAGAUCGUUAGCAAGGAAAAGCCUUCGGUUUAUAUACCCGUUUGCGCAACGAGUCCUGCCUAUUACGAUGCACUUGCUAAACAACAUUUAGAGCUACUCGGCUGUGCCAGUUUUAUACCGGGCGUCAAUGAAACGAACGUAUUAGAUGAUUGCUUGGAAUUUUUCAAAAAAUGUACAGCUCAUAAUAUUGCUGUGCCACCCUACUCUGUCCUUACUUCCCCAAACGAUCUACAGCAAUUGUACGAGAACAAUUUUAUAAGCAAUUUUCGAAAUAUCCUAAUGGCGGUCGGUUUUCAAGGCCUAGUUGAACGUUUUAAAUACUUAUUACCAAAUAAUAGAAUGGAUUUCAAAUUUAAUCAUGAAAUAAGUGAAAAUGAAAAGUGGAUUGUGAUACGUGAUUUGCCGGGUGAACAUUAUAUUACUUGCACAACUGUCAAGGAUUCUCGAGUGGUAUCGAAUGUUACUUGUAAAGUACAACAUGAAACGAAAAAUUUGAUACCUGUAACGCCAUUACACGCACAUAAUCCCACCGUCAUGUCCGACGAAGCUCAAAUUGACUUUUGGCUGAAAACAUUCUUCGCCAAAGUUCGUUUCCAGCGUAGCAUCAAUGGGCACAUGAGCUUUCGUCUGAUUAAGUGUCAAGGCACAGCGCAGUUCAUUCCAAUCGGUGUACGUGUCGGUGUCUCAUUGCCAUAUAUCUGCUAUAAUCGAUCUCAUGCUCAAAUACUUUGCCGCACUAUGAAAUGCAUUCAUCGAAGGCAAUUAAGUUUUACAAGCCCGGAUGAAGAGUCGGCACUCGGCGCGUUGACAGCUAAUUUCCGUUGGAGCUCUAUAGAACGCUCCACCCCGACCACAGUGCUAGAUAAAAGGGAAGCUCUAUUCGCCUAUUGGGAUCCAUUACCAUAUUGUGCUUACUAUCAUUUCCAAUUGCCUCUUAAAUCCGUCAAGAUGUUUUUGCAACGGCGCCAUCGAUCGACAAAAACUUUAUCGCCACGCAUAACAAUGCCAGUUCAAUGAACGUAUUGUUGUGUCGUGCAUCGUGUACGCACCUAGAAGAUGCGCUGCUACAUUGAUAAGCAAUAAUAUUUUGCUUGAUUUAUAACUAUUAUGAAUUUAAAAGCGCUGUUUUUGUUAUUACGGAUCACUUUCGUUACAAAAACGAUUAAGAGAGUUUUAUCCUCAUUUGUCAUACAUACAAAUAUUAUAUAUAUCCUGGCAUAUGUUCGUAUAUUUAUAUCUUAACAACUAUAUCUAAUACUAAUCUGAUUGAUGAAUAUGGUCAUUUUGGGUUACGUAUAUAAAGUAGGAAAAGUUAGCAAAAUAAUAGAUUUGCUUGAAAUUAUGGGUAGACGGGGGCCAGAGUGAGAGAGAUGAAAUAGACUGAAGGUGCUAAUAAAAUUAAAUGUCAUAAAUAUAAAGGUGAUUUUUAUAUUUAUAUUAUUAUAAUUUCAAAUGAUAUACAUACAUUAUUUCUAGAUUAUUAUGUAGUAUGUCAUAAUGCUAUAUCUGUAUAUGCAUUUGUAUGCAUUUACAUAACACUCUUUAUUUUCAUAAUAUUUAUUUUUACUAGAGUAUAAGUCUCAGGGUUAAGAAUUUAGUUUUUAAAACAUAUAUAUUUUAUUAUUUUGUAAACCAAAUAAAUCUUUUUUCUAAUAUUUGAAUGUA